AUGUCGGAGGCAUACGAGAGAGUGAAAGGGGGCAGGCUGACCUUCAAAGGAGGAACCCUAGCUUCAAGAAGCAAAUCCAUUGAUAAAAAGAAGAAGAAAAAGCACAAGAAAUCAUCUGACGAAAACGCUAACGUCACCGAAGAAAUUCUCACCGGGGACGCCGCUACUGCGACUGCAGAAGAUGGCGGUGGUUCCGCGGCUGCGGAAGGUGGAUCAGGAGGAGGCGAUGACGGUAUUUACACGAUUGAUGCGGCGAAACGCAGGAAGUACGAUGAUCUGUUCCCUGUGGAGGCUAAGAAGUUCGGGUAUGACCCGAAAGCGAAGGUGAAGUCGGUUGAGGAUGCCCUUGACGAUAGAGUCAAGAAGAAGGCUGAUCGUUAUUGCAAAUAG